AAAGUAAAGAACCUUUUCCUCAUGUUCAUAUGGAACUUUCUGUGUUCCAGUUUAUGCCUGUUGCUCCUUGUCCUGUUGUUGAGCACCUCUUGAAAGAUCUUGGGCCCAUCCUCUUGACAUCUGUCCUUUAGAUAUCAGUUAGCAUUGGUAAGAUUUCCAUUUGGGAACUGCUGAAUCACAGCCUGAACCUCUAAUUGAUCACCUCAGGCAAGCACUGAGUCAGCUGUGGAAGCACAGGUGAAGGAAAUUCAGCUUUGUGACUGAAAAGGGUGGAGCCUGGCUGCACCUUUCCUAGAUCCCAUUUAAGGGCUGACUGCCACCAAGCAAGCAUCUUUUUCUGGAGGUUGCUCUCUUUGGAGUUUUUCUGUGAGCUUAGGAAAUGGAAUUGGUAGUGUCCUUACCACUCAAGAGGAUGUCUCUUAAAAUGCUGGUCCAAACUUCAGCACAUCCAUGAAGGAGAAUGCACACUCACUAAACCAAUUACACUGAAGAGAUGGUUCUGCUGGUGGCAAUAUCAGAGGUGCUGUUGAUUCUGGGAUUGGCAGGAGAGUCAGAUUCUCUCUGCACACCCACCAUGUUUUACAAGAACUGCUGGAUCCGACGCUUUCCAGGUCUUCUGAUUGACCUGCAGGAAUCACAGAAGAGAGGAGCCCAGGUGCUGAGGCUUUAUGCAGAAGUCUCUUCCCAGCAGUGCAGCAGAACCUGCUGCCUUCAGAGGAAUGUUUCCUGUAAUCUAGCAGUGUUCUACCAUGGAGCUACUAGUGAAAAUAUGAAUUGCUUGCACGUGUCUUGCCCAGCACUGGAAAGUUGCAUACUAAAGGCUAGAAUCAAUGUCGUUUUGUACAACAUCACAACAGGGAUUGAUCCAGACCUUCUUAUUUUUGAAAAACUGAAAUUCAAGGGGCCAAGCACCUCACCGAAAAAAUAUGAAAGGCAAAAUAGCACAAAGACUUCUGAGUGGGAAAGAUGCCAGCAUGGUAAUGUUACGUCAAGUUCUCUUCUCCAAGCUCCAUCUUCUACCAUCAGUCACAGCGUUACAGCAAACAUUUUCACCUCCAGCACAAGCCUGAUGGUUGUAAAAACAAAAGGCAGCGCGUAUUCCAGGGAAUCAACUUCUCUGCUGGAUAACUAUUUGGCUAAGAGGACAAACACAACUUCAGGAAGUACUAAACUAUUCACUAGCUCAGACAGAAGGACUGUACAUUCAACUUUGAUAGCUAAAUCUGCAGAGGUGUUAUCCCGCAUACCCACUCCUCCCCGUCUGAACAGCAGCAAACAACACUUAAAUGAAACCAAAGGCUAUAGUGGCAGGAAUUAUACUUCAGAUAACGAAGCUCCUGCUUGGGAAUCUGCAGCUCUGGGUGUCUGGCUGAUUCCUGUUGUUCUCUGCUCUUAUCUCAUUUUCCUUUGCUUUUGUACUGUGGCUCCUGGAGCAGCGUGCUGCAGAAGUAGAAAAGGUCACUACCAACCCAUACAGAGAGGAAGAACAAUGUCUAGGCAAAUAAAAUACACUACUGUCCAAGGUAGCUUGUAAAAUACAGUCACCACCCUUGUGAUACAAACAGCCUUUUUAAAAUGAACCAUAUUUUCUGGCCUAAUUCUUUUACAGAACAAUGAAUAAGUUUCAGAAUCAUUCUGAAUAUUAAACAUAUUUCCACGGUCUCUUUGGGUAAGAACUGCACACAGACAGGUCUCACUGCA